UUGUGUGUUUGUCGCUCUUCCCCAACAAAAAGAAAAAAAAACAGAGUGAUUCCCCCUGCCUCACGCCACAAUUACACAAAGUGUCACCUCUUCUUUUAUUAUUCAUCAAUUGGUUCUGGGGCUAAUUGAUCUCCUUUUAUCAUAUUCCUCAAUCUUUUAUGGGGAUUUAACUCAGAAAUUUGAGCAACCUAUGAUCUUACGUGAUUCAUCACGAUGAACGAACCAUUUGUCACAACUAAAACCCCAGGGCCUCCGAAGGCCGGCCCUUCGCUUCUGGCGUGUCUCCUUUGCCGGCAAAAGCAUCUUAAAUGUGACGGGAAAACUCCCGUGUGUGGCCGCUGUGCGGCCACCGGAUCAGAGUGCCAGUAUACUCCUUCGCGCCGCGGGUACAAAGGUCCUUCAAAGAAACGGCGUGCUAACCCGUCUCCCGAUGAGACGGAUCUGUCGGCCUCUUUUGACCCGCAGCCGGUGGGCUUGGUCGACAUUCCUCCGGACUGGAACAGCCUGCAGAACACUUUCCAGUAUAUGUCAACGACCACAUUGACAACCCCAUCUUCGGGAAGCCCCGGUUUAACCGACAAGUCUAGCUCUACGCAACCCCUCCCAUUACACAACGAGCCUCUUACUCCGGACUCCUCGUCUGCCGUCCCGGGUGAUGGCUAUCUAAUCGAUAUCUACUACACGUACUUCCACCCAUCGCAUCCCAUCCUGCCCCCCCUUCGUUUUCUGUAUAGCUCCUAUGUCCCACGUUAUCUCGACCAUGUCAUCAAGUUUAUCGGAUCCCACUUCACGCCAGCCGCCUCCAGCGAACACUACCGACCCAAUGUGAUGUCGUCCGUCUUGGAGCAGGAUGCGAGCAUAGAGAAGCUCCAGGCGCUUCUGCUAUUGGCCAUUGUACUCCAUUCGCGCAACGAGCGCCCCGAGGCUAAAGAGUGCCUUGUCACAGCGGUUAAUAUCGCCUUUGAAUUAGGUGUAAACACCCAGGGGUAUGCAGCGAUGAUGAGUGAAGGCGAUCCGGUGCGAGAGGAGAGUCUGAGGCGUACAUGGUGGGAACUGUAUAUCAUCGAGAACAUGCUGACAGCACUGGGGCUCCAACCGACCGCCCAAACGGGAUUGGUACCGCCUGAGGUCGGGCUUCCCUGCGAGGAACGGAUAUACCAGGAUGGACUGGCUCCACCACCUGCCCCAACAAUUGCGCAGUUCGAUGGACGGGUGUUCGACGAUGAGGAAAGGGAUUUCUCCUCCUUCACCUACCGUAUCGAAGCUGCGCGUAUCUUAGCACGGGUGGUGUCUAUUCAAGACAUGGUUGAAGGUCAGCAGGACCAUGUGGAGGCCAUCGACGCGCGGAUCACCAGCUGGUUCCACCACCUUCCGGAAUCUAAAGCUGAACUGCUGCGGUCGGAUGGAUCGGUAGAUGAGAUGAUGUUCCAGGCCACCAUGGUCGUCAACGGUGCGGCCAUCUACCUCCACUUCCCGCGAUCCGAUUUGCUGUCGUCGCCAGCAAUGGCUGCGGAAGUUAUCUGCGGUCACCAUGGCCCUUGCAGCAUCCCUGCGUUCUCGCAUCAUGCGCAUGCGAUGAAGGCGGUGAAAGCGGCCAGUGAAAUCUCUUCGUUGGCGUCCAUCCGAAUGCCGGUUGUGAAACAUACUCCCUUCUUUAUCUGUGCCCUUGUCAUGAGCUCUAUUGUGCAGCUGGCUGCCUGCUCCGUUAAAGCCGGACAAAUGCCCGACCCGAGUCGUGAUCGACUCACACUCACCAUUGGGGUCUUCAAAUCCCUGGGCCGCACAUGGGCUAUUUCCCAGGCGAUCGUUCGACAGAUUAAGGCUGUCGCACGCGAUGUGAUGGACCUUGGAUUACGACCCACCAUGGAUAAUAUCGACUUGAACAGCGUUCUUGACAGCGGUCGAUUCUGGAUGCCAGAACCCCUUCCGCGGUAAGGGGCUUGAAAAAUUUGGUAUCUCUCUUUCUUUGAACCUUAUUCGUGUUGAUAUUAUCUGACGGCAUAACUAUUCGAUACCCACCGCAGAUAUUAAUAUAAAAAUCAGCCAAUAUGUCAAAAUAAAAGGACAGCUGCUCCUGCCCCGGCCCCAUUUGGAAUGGAAAUGACAUAUUCACGUAUUCACGUAGGCGCUCUUGUUGGUUAUUGCAUGGAAAUUGUCACUGGUAUAUAUCAUGACUGAACACUGAGAUACUAGGAGAAAUUUCAUCAAUUGAUGUGAGGUACAGACACUAGCCCCAAUGUACUACCCGGAUGAUCAAUCUCAAAUCAUCACGACCUGAUCACGAGCAAGGACUGAAUCUAUUAAAAGCCACCUGUAAUGGAUUCUCCAACGAUACGAUAGUAUAUACAUCGA